AUGGCUUUAAAGCGCAUUAACAAAGAACUUAAAGAUCUUGAACGCGACCCUCCUUCUUCUUGCUCUGCAGGACCUAUUGGAGAAGACAUGUUUCAUUGGCAAGCAACCAUUAUUGGUCCUGAGGAUAGUCCAUACCAAAAUGGUGUCUUUUUCUUAGGUAUACACUUUCCUACCGACUAUCCUUUCAAACCACCAAAGGUUAACUUUACUACCAAAAUCUAUCAUCCCAAUAUCAAUAGUAAUGGAUCUAUUUGCCUUGAUAUCUUGAAAGACCAGUGGUCCCCUGCUCUUACGAUCUCUAAGGUGCUCUUGUCUGUAUGCUCUUUACUUACUGAUCCCAAUCCUGAUGAUCCACUUGUGCCAGAGAUCGCCCAUAUUUACAAGACUGACAGAGCUCUUUAUGAAUCUCGAGCUAGAGAUUGGACAAAGAAAUACGCAAGUAAGUAA